GUUCCUGACGCUGAGGACAAUGUUCCCGACGCUGAAGACAAGGUUCCUGACGCUGAGGACAAGGUUCCUGACGGUGAGGACAAGGUUCCUGACGCUAAGGACAAGGUUCCUGACGCUGAGGACAAGGUUCCUGGCGCUGAAGACAAGGUUCCUGACUGUGAGCACAAGGUUCUUGACGGUAUGGACAAGGUUCCUCACGUUGAGGACAAGGUUCCUUACGCUGAGGACAAGGCUCCUGACGCUGAGGACAAGGUGCCUGAUGCUGACGACAAGGUUCCUGACGCUGAGGAGGUCCAUGACUGUGAGGACAAAGUUCCCGACGGAGAAGACAAGGUUCCUGACGCUGAGGACAAGGUUCCUCACGCUGAAGGAAAGGUUUCUGUUGCUGAGGACAAGAUUCCUGACGGUGAGGACAAAGUUCCUAACGCUGAGACAAGGUUCCUGACGCUGAGGACAAGGUUCUUGAGGCUGAGGACAAGGUUCCUAACGCUGAGGACAAGGUUCCUGACCCUGAGGACAUGGUUCCUGAGGCUGAGGACAAGGUUCCUGACGCUGAGGACAAGGUUCCUGACGGUGAAGACAAGGUUCCUGAUGGUAUGGACAAGGUUCCUGACGGUGAGGACAAGGUUCUUGACGGUGAGGUCAAGGUUCCUGACACUGACGACAAGGUUCCUGACGCUGAGGACAAGGUUCCUGACGCUGAAGACAAGGUUCCUGACUGUGAGGAAAAGAUUCCUGACGGUGAGGUCAAGGUUGCUUACACUGGGGACAAGGUUCCUGACGCUGAGGGCAAGGUUGCUGACGCUGAGGACAAGGUUUCUGACGCUGAGGACAAGGUUCCUGACGCUGAGGACAAGGUUCCUGACGCUGAGGACAAGGUUCCUGACAGUGAGGACAAGGUUGCUGACUGUGAGGAAAAGGUUCCUGAUUGUGAGGACAAGGUUACUUACGCUGACGACAAGGUUCCUGACGCUAAGGAGAAGGUUCCUGACGCUGACGACAAGGUUCCUGACAGUUAGGACAAGGUUGCUAACGGUGACGAGAAGGUUCCUGACGGUGAGAACAAGGUUCCUGAAGGUAAGGACAAGGUUCCUGAUGCUGAGGAGAAGGUUCCGAACGGUGAGCACAAGGUUCCUGACGCUGAGGAGGUUUCUAACGCUCUGGACAAGGUUCCAGACGCUGAGGACAAGGCUCCUGACGCUAAGAACAAGGUUCCUGACGGUGAGGACAAGGUUCCUGACGCUGAGGGCAAGGUAUCUGACGCUGAGGACAAUGUUUCUGACGCUGAGGACAAGAUUCCUGAUGCUGAGGACAAGGUUCCUGACUGUGAGGACAAGGUUCCUGACGGUGAGCACAACGUUCCUGACGGUGAGGACAAGCUUCCUGACGGUGAGGACAAGGUUCCGGAUGCUGAGGACAAGGUUCCUGACGCUGAGGACAAUGUUCCUGACGCUGAGGACAAGGUUCCUGACGCUGAGGACAAGGUUCCUGACGGUGAGGACAAGGUUCCUGACGCUGAGGGCAAGGUUCCUGACGCUGAGGACAAGGUUCCUGGCGCUGAGGGCAAGGUUCCUGACUGUGAGCACAAGGUUCUUGACGGUGAGGACAAGGUUCAUCACGUUGAGGACAAGGUUCCUGACGCUGAGGACAAGGCUCCUGACGCUGAGGACAAGGUGCCUGAUGCUGAGGACAAGGUUCCUGACGCUGAGGAGGUCCCUGACUGUGAGGACAAAGUUCCCGACGGAGAAGACAAGGUUCCUGACGCUGAGGACAAGGUUCCUGACGCUGACGGAAAGGUUUCUGUUGCUGAGGACAAGAUUCCUGACGGUGAGGAAAAAGUUCCUAACGCUGAGACAAGGUUCCUGAGGCUGAGGACAAGGUUCCUGAGGCUGAGGACAAGGUUCCUAACGCUGAGGACAAGGUUCCUGACCCUGAGGACAUGGUUCCUGAGGCUGAGGACAAGGUUCCUGACGCUGAGGACAAGGUUCCUGACGGUGAGGACAAGGUUCCUGACGCUGAGGACAUGGUUCCUAACGCUUAG